AUGGAGCACGUAGUUGGGGGCAAGUUCAAGCUCGGGAAGAAGAUCGGGAGCGGAUCCUUUGGGGAGCUCUACCUCGCCGUGAACGUGCAGAAUGGCGAGGACGUGGCUGUCAAACUGGAAUCGGUCAAAUCACGGCACCCACAGCUUCACUAUGAAUCAAAACUAUACAUGCUUUUGCAGGGUGGAACUGGGAUUCCACAUCUUAAGUGGUUCGGGGUGGAGGGGGAGUACAAUGUCAUGGUGAUUGAUCUGCUUGGUCCAAGUCUGGAGGACUUAUUUAACUACUGCAGCAGAAAGUUCUCCCUUAAAACAGUACUAAUGAUUGCUGAUCAGAUGAUCAGUAGAGUAGAAUAUAUGCACACGAAGGGGUUUCUACAUCGUGAUAUCAAGCCUGAUAAUUUCCUCAUGGGUUUAGGACGUAAAGCAAACCAGGUAUUUGUUAUCGACUAUGGCCUUGCGAAAAAGUAUCGAGAUCUCCAAACUCAUAAGCACAUACCAUACAGGGAAAACAAAAACCUCACAGGAACAGCACGAUAUGCCAGUGUAAAUACCCAUCUCGGAGUAGAGCAAAGCAGAAGAGAUGAUCUGGAAUCUCUUGGUUAUGUGCUGAUGUAUUUCUUAAGAGGAAGUCUUCCUUGGCAAGGCCUGAAAGCUGGCACAAAGAAGCAAAAGUAUGAUAGAAUCAGUGAAAAGAAAAUGCUGACACCAGUUGAGGUCCUCUGUAAAUCGUAUCCAUCAGAGUUUACUGCAUACUUUCAUUACUGUAGAUCACUACGAUUUGAAGAUAAACCGGAUUACUCCUAUUUGAAGAGACUCUUCCGUGACUUAUUUAUCCGUGAGGGGUACCAACUAGAUUAUGUAUUUGACUGGACCAUUAUGAAGUAUCCUCAGUUUAGAGAUAAAAGCAAACUUCAGUCUAGUGGCAAGAUUAGUGGGUUGGCAGGCCCUUCUGCAGAAAGGACUGAUAGAACUGCAGCUGAAGCUUUGUUUAGAAGAACUGGAUCUGGUUCUGGUCACAAUCGAGAACACACCAAGCACAGAAGUCUUCUAGAGUCAUUGAUGCCAUCCAAGGUGACUGUUGAUUCGGAUAAAACAAGGCCAUCCUCAUCAUCGCGCAAUGGAAGCACGUCAAGAAGAGCUGUCCUUUCAUCAAGCAAACCAAGCUCUUCUGGAGAUCCAAGUGACCCAAACCGCAUGGGUCGCCUGGUCCCGAGUAGCAGCAGCCGCCCACCGACUGCCCAAAGGGCACAUCCUUCAGGUGGAACUGAGAUGAGAUCAUCGUCUUUGUCAAAAAUCGGAAGGUCUUCACAUGAUGACGCUAUCAGGAACUUCGAGCUCCUCUCACUUGGUGCUGACAGGAGAAAAUAA